AUGACGGGGGCAGCGGAGACAUCGGAGAUGACGGGGGCAGCGGAGACAUCGGAGAUGACGGGGGCAGCGGAGACAUCGGAGAUGACGGGGGCAGCGGAGACAUCGGAGAUGACGGGGGCAGCGGAGACAUCGGAGAUGACGGGGGCAGCGGAGACAUCGGAGAUGACGGGGGCAGCGGAGACAUCGGAGAUGACGGGGGCAGCGGAGACAUCGGAGAUGACGGAGGCAGCGGAGACAUCGGAGAUGACGGGGGCAGCGGAGACAUCGGAGAUGACGGGGGCAGCGGAGACAUCGGAGAUGACGGGGGCAGCGGAGACAUCGGAGAUGACGGGGGCAGCGGAGACAUCCAUGCUACACUCUCCUGUUGUAGCCAAGCGGCCUGAUGUUUCGGAGCCUCGCCUGCCUUGUCCGGCGGCGGGAGAGGGUGCAGAUUCAGUGGCCGAUGAUGUCAUGACAUCGGAUGUGCACGUUGUUGGCAGCUCACAGUACGGCGCUGCAGGGGAUUUGCAGUGCCUGGACACAGAUCAUGAGCCGCGGUGUCGAGAUGGAGAAGGUCAGGUUGACGAGUUAAUCUUGCGAGCCUUGAUGUCUUCGAAUCUGCUUCGCCUUGUGGGGAACGCAAGCUACGUCCAGGGCUUGAAGGAGAAGAUGCGGAUUGAAGUGUCGCAGAGGAGGCGGGACUCGCUAGACUUUGCCGGGAAGCUUCCCUUGGCACUGAAGGCCUUGAGCAUCGGCAUCCCUGCCGAUCAGCUUCUGAUCGACGUUGCACAGGCAGGUGGGCUGCAUGGCAAGAGCGACGGGUGUAUCAUAGUUGGGCCCCAGAGACAGGUCAGCGGGUCGAGUCGGGGUGAACCUCUGCCGCUGUGCCGAGAGCCGCUGGAGGUGAAGUCGUCCUCGUGCAGGAGUGGUGACAGGACCUUCGGCAUCAAGUCCAUCCGCAGGUCCUUCCGUCAUCUGUUCAUCGUGGGAAGAAAGGACAACCCUGACGACUGGACGUCCCUUGACGCUCUAGACGACAAGUGCUCCCUCGGUUACAUCAGCGGGGAGGACUAUGACAUAGCUCUAGAGCGGCACCUUGUGCGCCAGGGUAGAUGGCCUGCAGCUUCCGACGAGCCACAGGAUGUGACGGUGACGAUGAACAGCAGGAAGAGGACCGGCUGGCUCUCGCAGCACAUCCGGUGGGUGGGCUUCAAGGACCUGACACUGCAGUGGUGGCAGGCUACUGUAGGGAGCAGUGUGCUGGCAGUUAGGUAG